UGUGGCUCAGAGGAAGAAAAGCUCUUUGCGUUCCUCCUCCCGAGGACUCUUGAGAAAUCCCCCUACGCUGUCCCCACAGCUGCGGAGAGGAGCUGGAAAAAGCCUUUUAGGGACAAUUCCCAAGUAUUUCCAGCGCUUCGGUUCCUUGAGGAGUGGCUGGGACUCAGUGGGAUGAGCUGCUGGUGGCCGAUGUCCCCUUGGGUGAUGCCCCCCCUGGCCGAUGUCCCAUGACCGCUGGGUGCCCGUAAACGUGAGAAUUGCAAACAGGAAACCUGGCUGACGGAUAAAAAUAUUGUGCGGCCGCCGGAGGGGAAGCGAAGCGGUGGGUGUGAAGGUGGCGGGGAGGGACGGGGUUCUUAAGGUGGAGAGAGUCGGUGCUGGCACCGCACCACGUGCCGAGGGAUGCUGGAGGGCACCGGGCACCAUCCCCACCCCAAGGGUUUGCAAAGCCACCGCUCAGCGCACCCCAUCCCUGUCCCGGUGGGAUGGAUAAACCAACCCCAGCCCUUAAUCCCUGCCCUAAAUCCCCAGUUCCCACAACCUCUAGGGUGCAGGCGGGUUGGCACCGCUCGUGCCACGGGACCAGCCGGAGCCUGGCACCACCAGGAGGGAGAGCAGCGGUGGCGGCAGCUCGGCAGCUGUGUUUUCCAGCUGAGGGUCCCCGGCUGUUUGCCACCCGAUGCCCCCAGCACAUCCCAGGGAUGCGCCCAGCUCCGGCAGCCGGUGGGGAGAAGGACACGGUGGCCGGAGCAUGAGGAGGGGAAGCGGCGCCGGAUCCCACCGUGCCAGGGACCGAAUCCUGGCUGGCAGCACGAGCCUGGACCAGCCGAGCCCCGUUGCCCCCAGCCCAGCGGCGCGGAAUCCUGGGAUGCGGCUGGGAGGGACAAGGAGCCCUUUGCAGGCAUGGAUGGGCCAGCGGGUGGGUGGCCGGAGCCCCACCGCCCAGCCGGUACCGAGGGAGCCAGUGUCACCUGGGUGCCACCCUGUGCCACCUUCCCGUGACGUGUCCCCAUCGCCCUAAGGCUCUUGCAGCUUCGGUUGCCGCUUCCUGCCCUUUGCAGGCAGCGGAGGAGUGAGCGCAGGCAAGGCGGCCACGCUGGGGGUCCAGGGUCCCGGCGUGGCCAGGCACAGGGGACCCCAUGGAUGACGACCGUCCCCUCUUCAGCACCUUCAAACCCCUCGGUGAGGACAACACAGCCAGCACCAAGCCAGGACGCGACACGACCCGGGACCAGCCCCAGGGAGCAGAGCAGCCCCUGGGCCAUAACGACACAGGUGGCAGGGCCCUGCCAGGCUCCUGGCCGUCUCCACCAGGCUGGUCCCUGCCGGAGGGCGACCUGCAGCCAGAGCUGGUGGCCCUGCGUGCCCAGACGAGGCUGUGGUUCGAGCAGACACAAGCCAGGAGGCUGGGAGCCAAGGGCGAGCUCCCAGCCUGGUUCCACGGCUUCAUCAGCCGGAGGGAGACGGAGCAGCUGCUGCAGGAUCAACCCCCAGGCUGCUUCCUGAUCCGCUUCAGCGAGAGCACAGUGGGCUUCGUCCUGUCCUACAGGGGCAGGGAUCGGUGCCGGCACUUUGUCCUGGACCAGCUGCCGGACGGGCGGUACGUGAUCCUGGGGGAGCAGAGCGCCCACGCCGCGCUGGCCGACCUGCUGCGGCACUACGCCACUGCGCCCCUCGCGCCCUACCACGAGGUCCUGACGGUGCCGUGCAGGCGGGAAGGGGAGCCCCGAGGAGGGUCGCAGACCCCCGCCGGCAGCAGUGCUGUGCAUCCCCCAUCCAGCAAAGCACCAGCAAAGCCCCUGGUGUACAGCACCGUGGCCAAGGGGGUCCCGGCAGCCAGGCAGGUGGCCGCAGCCCCCCCUGCUCCCUGCGGAGCCCAGCGCCGAGGGAGGCUCAUCCAGGGAGGCUCCCAACGUCCCCCCCGCCGCUGCCAGCCAAGGCCAGCUCCUUGGGGGCAGCUCAGGGGUCACACAGCCCCGCCGGCGGUGGAGCAGCCCCCAAAGGUCCCUCCGCUCAGGUGCCAGGCCGCCCCCCCCACACCACCCCCGCCACCCCCACCCGCCGAUGCCAAGUACCAGCAGCUCAUGUGCUUCCACACCUACGCCGAGCCCCACGAGGGCAUCGCCCCCAGGCCCCCCGCCCGCGAGGGGCUGCAAAAGCCCAUCCCCUUCUACGCCAUGGGCAGGGGGUCCAGCCCCGGCACCAGCCACGAGGAGAACAUCUACUCCGAGGUGGCGCUGGCCCAGCAGGAUCUGCCCGCUCCGCUUCCCGGGGGAUCCCGAGGUGGCUUCUCCACGCUGCCCCCCAAACCCCGCGCUCACCGCUGGCUCUUCCGCAGCGUGUCCAGCCAAGCUUCCAAGAGGCGGCAGGUCCCGGCAGCUCCCAGCACCAUUGGGAAGGUGGGAGAAGCUUCCAGCCCGGCCGGGGAGGGCACCACGAACCCUCGGCUCGAGCUCCCCGAUGCCGGUCGCAGCCGCGGGACGAGCGCUGCAAAACAACCCCUGGCUGCAGCGGGGCAGAAAGACCCCGAAAACAUUUACGAGCAGGUUUCUGGACACCGUCUCUAAGCUGGGCGGACGGGCAGGUCUAAGGCAAGAGCCAGCUCCCGGGCAGAAGGGAAUUCUCCGGCUCCUCCAGCGCCGGAGGCAGCUCUGGGAUGCAGGGGGAGAGGUCCAAGGCACAGACAGGCAGCGCCAUGGCUGGUCCGCU